AGGUUUAUUUGUGGCAAUGUACUUGCCUCCAGAAGAAAAAUGAGGCAGAAACUAUUGGAAGAAGGCUGGCAAUAUUUAAGAGAGCCCGUGCAAGUGGUGCCGGGUCCUACGCGCCUCGGGAGCUGAGCGCCGGCUGGUUCACGGCGCAGGCGCAGUGGGGUCUGUCUCGCCAUGCCGACUGUCAGCGUGAAGCGAGAUCUGCUCUUCCAAGCCCUGGGUCGGAACUACACUGACGAAGAAUUUGAUGAAUUAUGUUUUGAAUUUGGUCUGGAACUUGAUGAAAUUACUUCCGAGAAGGAAAUCAUAAGUAAGGAACAAGGUAAUGAAAAGGCAGAGGGAGCCUCUGAUGUUGUUCUUUACAAAAUUGACGUACCUGCCAAUAGAUACGAUCUCCUGUGUUUGGAAGGAUUGGUUCGAGGACUUCAAGUCUUCAAAGAAAGGAUAAAGCCUCCAGUGUAUAAACGGGUAAUGCCUAAUGGAGAAAUUCAGAAAUUGAUCAUCACAGAAGAGACAGCUAAAAUACGUCCUUAUGCUGUGGCAGCAGUUCUCCGAAAUAUAAAGUUCACUAAAGAUCGAUAUGACAGUUUCAUUGAACUCCAGGAGAAAUUACAUCAGAACAUUUGCAGGAAAAGAGCCUUGGUUGCUAUUGGUACCCAUGAUUUGGACACUUUGUCAGGCCCUUUUACAUACACUGCAAAGCGACCUUCAGAUAUCAAAUUCAAGCCUCUGAAUAAGACCAAGGAGUAUACAGCCUGUGAACUGAUGAACAUAUACAAGACUGACAACCACCUUAAACAUUAUUUACAUAUCAUUGAAAAUAAACCCCUGUACCCAGUUAUCUAUGAUAGCAAUGGUGUCAUCCUUUCAAUGCCUCCGAUUAUCAAUGGAAAUCAUUCUAAAAUAACUGUAAAUACUAGAAAUGUAUUUAUUGAAUGCACAGGAACUGAUUUCACUAAGGCAAAAAUAGUUCUUGAUGUUAUUGUCACCAUGUUCAGUGAAUAUUGUGAGAAUCAAUUUACGGUUGAAGCUGCUGAGGUCGUUUUUCCUAAUGGAAAAUCCUAUACCUUUCCAGAACUGGCUUACCGAAAGGAGAUAGUGAGAGCUGAUCUAAUUAACAAAAAAGUUGGAAUCAGAGAAACUCCAGAAAAUAUUGCCAAGCUUCUAACCAGGAUGUAUUUAAAGUCAGAAGUAAUAGGUGAUGGGAAUCAGAUUGAGAUCGAAAUCCCUCCAACCAGAGCUGACAUUAUCCAUGCAUGUGAUAUUGUAGAAGACGCAGCUAUUGCCUAUGGAUAUAACAACAUUCAGAUGACGCUUCCAAAAACCUACACCAUAGCUAAUCAAUUUCCUCUUAAUAAGCUCACAGAACUCCUAAGACAUGACAUGGCAGCUGCUGGAUUCACGGAAGCACUUACCUUUGCCCUGUGUUCCCAAGAAGAUAUUGCUGAUAAACUUGGUUUGGACAUCUCUGCAACAAAGGCAGUCCACAUAAGUAAUCCCAAAACAGCGGAAUUUCAGGUGGCACGCACUACCCUUCUUCCUGGCCUCCUAAAGACUAUAGCUGCGAAUCGGAAGAUGCCCCUUCCUCUGAAACUGUUUGAAAUCUCUGACAUUGUAGUAAAAGAUUCUAGCAGAGAUGUAGGUGCAAGAAACUACAGGCAUCUCUGCGCUGUUUAUUACAACAAGAAUCCUGGGUUCGAGAUAAUCCAUGGGCUGCUGGACAGAAUCAUGCAGUUGCUUAAUGUGCCUCCUGGUGAAAAGAAGGGCGGAUAUGUGAUCAAAGCAUCAGAAGGCCCUGCUUUCUUCCCUGGGAGAUGCGCGGAGAUCUUUGCCAGGGGUCAGAGCAUCGGGAAGCUUGGGGUCCUUCAUCCUGACGUCAUCACCAAAUUUGAGCUGACCAUGCCCUGCUCCUCCCUGGAAAUCAAUAUUGAGCCAUUUUUGUGAAGAUGGGGCUCCGCUGUGUGACUCUCUCCCCGAGUGUCCCCUUCUCCUUCCCUGGUGUCCUGUAGCCCUCCCCACAGGGAGUAUCCAUUUACGCUUUAAUGUUUAAUAAAGUAGAAAGUGAUUCUGGCCCGGUGGAUAAAUGCCGCCCACUCCCUGCGUUAGGCCAGCUUGUGCGAACACGGUGUCCGUGAAGCUACAUGGUUAGGAAGAGCCCAGAGGAGCACAGGACUGGAGGCUUACGGAUGAAACAGCAGGAGAGCAGAUUUGGACGCAGGGCGCACGAGUAGGAGCGAUGGAAGAUUUCCAGUCAGUGCUCACAUUUGACAUUCAGCAUUGGGAAACAGUAUUUUUAGGAGACCAUUAGGAAGCAGUGACAGUCUAGCAGUUAGUCUUACAGCCGUUGAAGUUAUUUUAAAGUGAAAAAAAAUGUUGCAAGUAUUUGAAAUAUUUGAAUGUGCAGAGGUGCUUUCACUCCCUGAUACCCUGAGACCGAGCACCUGCUGCAUAGCUGUGUUCUGCCGGCCGAGUUACACAUGGUGACAGCAGCGCCCCGGGAACAUCGGAAACGGUGAAAAAUUACUUCUGCCCUAGGCCAUACAUUUCACUGUAAUCAGUAUUAUAAAAUCGUGGCGUUAAAUAUUUAAUUGAGCAACUAGGUUCUGUCUUCUUUUAUAGGGAAGUAUUGGAUCUCCUCUGAAGCUAAUUUUCUGUCAGUCCUCCUUGUCUUGCCUUCUAAUUUACUUUUAUACUUUGAUCUAGACUCUUCCAGUAGGUACUGAUAGUGAAAAAGCUAGGUCUAAUGUUUCUUAGUUACUGUUAAGAUGACAUGAAACACAAAAUGUAAAACCUUAAGUUCCAGUAGAAAUAGCUAACGGAGUGAGGAAGGGUUAUGUUUCUGGAGCUCUGCUGAGCCUACUGUGAGGAGCCCCGCCCCGUGACUGCCUUGCCUCAGGGCAGCAGCGUCCGACCUGGCAAGAUCUGUGCACAUACAGACUGUCCUGUUCUUUCCCAAGUCUGUUGUAAGCACAACCUAACAGCAUUUAAAGGAAGUGAGAUAGGCUCACAAAAAAACCUCAAAAGGUUUGUAUCCAGCAUCCUUAGAGAUUUAAACAGAUAUUUCCCCAAAGAAGAUACAGGAAAUAAGCAUUUGAAAAGAGGCUCACCGUCCUUAACUGUCAGGGACACGCAGAUAGAGACCACAAUACAAAUUGAAACGGCUAAAGUUUGAGAGACUGGUUCAUACCCAGUAUUGGUGAGACCAGGGCGUGGGACCUCCAUGCCCUGCUGGUGGGAACAGAAGAAGGUUAUUUAUAGUAGCUACCACCCAAAUGUUCAUUAGCAGCUGAGUGAAUAAAUUCUACUACAUCUGUA